AUGAGUGGCUCUGCCUUUGAUGUUUCGGCGAAAGAACCAGGACUGCACAUCUGGCGUGUGGAGAAAAUGAAGCCAGUUCCUGUUCCAGAUGAGAUGAAAGGCAUAUUCUAUUCUGGGGAUUCAUACCUUGUCCUUUAUAAUGGCCCAGAUGAGCAUUCCAACCUGCACAUUUGGAUUGGUCAAAACUCCUCCAGGGAUGAGCAGGGAGCAUGUGCUUUGCUCUCCACUCACCUCAACUCCAUCCCAAAAGAGAAGCCAAUUCAGUAUCGGGAAGUUCAGGGGAAUGAAUCAGAUGUCUUCAUGGAGUACUUUCCCCACGGCAUCAAAUACCAGGAAGGUGGUGUGGAGUCGGCCUUUACCAGAACCCAAGCCAACCAUGAGCAAAGCUCAAGGCACCAACUCUAUCAAGUGAAAGGAAAAAAGAAUAUCCGGGCUGUGGAAAGAGAACUGAGCUGGACCAGUUUUAAUACGGGUGAUUGCUUCAUCCUGGACCUGGGAGAGAAAAUCUUUGCCUGGUAUGGGGGGAAGUCAAACAUCCUGGAGCGCAACAAAGCUCGGGAUUUUGCAACAGCAAUCCGAGACACUGAGAGGAAGGGAAAAGCAAAGAUGGAGAUUGUUGUGGACGGGGAAGAAUCUGCUGAGAUGACGGCGGUACUGGGUCCUAAGCCGGUUCUGAAAGAAGGCACCGCUGAGGAAGAUAUUGUGGCUGAUCAGAAGAAUGCUAUUGCAGCAGUAUUGUAUAAGGGACAUCCAGAUUCAAAUCCAUCCUCCAUUAUGGAAGAUCUCUGGAUGAAUUUGGGCCUCAAAGCAAAUGAACAAGAACAACAAGCGGCUCUGAGAGUAGCAGAGAACUUCAUCUCACAAAUGAAAUAUCCCCAGAAUACUCAGGUACAGAUCCUGCCCCAGGGCCGUGAAAGUCUGCUCUUCAAACAGUUCUUUACACACUGGAAGUGAAAGCUGGAGUCUCCACCUUAUGCUGGCAAUACUCUGUGACUGUGCCUUUCUGCCCCAUCAACCAUUCAAGCCUUAUUGAAUUGGAGCCACUGAAUCCUCCUUGCCUUCUGCCUUUGACCAACCCCCUUUAAUCAGAAGCUCUGCAACUGAACCAGGAUGAAACCUUCUCUUUCCCUACUUCAAUCUUCAGUAUUGCGAUCACAGUAGGGCAACCUUAACUGGAGGGAUCCUCUCUCUUACUUUUUUGAACCAGUUCCUCCCAAUUGUAAGCCUCUACCUCUUUAUGUCUAGACAGUGAUAAUGGGACAUUCUCAUCUCUACAGGAAAUAGAACAUUUUGAUGUGAGUUAAGAAAAGCCUGUGGCUGGUUUCACCCAUUACACUGAACCAUAACCAAGCCAGUCACAUUUAUUGGGUGCAAAACCCAGUCUUACACAAAAUGUGCUGAUUAUUACUAUCUAAUGAUAGCUUUACUUCCUUCCUUGCAUCAUUGGCUGUAUUCAGUGCCUUGAGUCAUACCUUUUACUGAAUUAUAUCUUUCCUGUUUCACAUAAUAUAUUGCAUCAUAAACUAACUAAAGCGACCGAGUUUGACCCAACCAACCAUCUCUGCCUUAAUCCUAACCAAGUUUAACAUUUUGUUUGAACACACCUGUCAAGUUAGAUGUGUUGUGUAAACAAAGCCAAUGGUUUUUUUUUCCAUGGCUGGUGACAGCUUGCAAUCAAUCACUCUAAGAACACCCAGAGUUGUGCAAUUUCAUGCUUGCUUUAAUAACUUUCCUCCUUUUCCCAUGACUUUUGCUUUUGUGUCUUUCUCCCCACCUGGAACCCAGGGAACACCCCUCCCCCAUCAACCUGGGUGGGACAAGAAAAAAAGAGCAGCGAAGGAGGCAGAUGUCCCACAGGGAGUCUAUGCAUAUCCUUUUGGCCGGAAGCAAGGACCGAAACCUGUCUAGUCUCAGGCAUGUUAAGUUUCCAUUCAGGUCUACAAUCUAUCAAAAGUUGCCUGGUAGGUUGGAUCUGGCUCCAUCUGUCAUGCCUGCUUUAAACAGCAAAGGCCGUGCUCUUAGCCACCCUCUAGGCAUUCUUCACCUUUCAAUCAUCUGCCUUUCUCUUUCUAGUUCUAGGCUGCAGUGGAGCUUUCUUGAUUAGCUUGACAGGCCCUGACAAGCAAGAUUGCAUCAUUCCACAGCUGGGCUGAUGGAGUCAGUGUCAAAAGCAGCAGCUCCUUCCUGCGCCUGCUGGAAGUUUAAAAAAAAAACAAGUGGGGGAGGAAAGACUUCACUGCUUCCUUCCCUAAACAAGUUUCGACUUUUGCCCAAGGAGAACUUUUACAAUAUAAAGAGAACUGACCAGUUAGGGAGCAGAUAUCUUUGGUUCCUUCCAUAAAAAAGGGGCUCCAUAUUUUCCAUUACCUUGAAUCUACUAAAGCUCUUUUGCCUUGUGGUUGGACAUUCUGAUAACUUAGCGUCCAUCUCCCAGCUCCUUCAUAAUCUUAUACAAACACUGCUAUUUUAAGCUCAUGUUCCUACUGCCCUCCUGUUCUAGCAAAGUGAGGCCACCAGUCCUUGAAGGAUGGGCAACCUCAGCCUGCAUCUCAAGGGCUUGUCACUUUCAGGUCUCAUCAGGAGUGCUCUCUUUUUGUCCAGCCACAGAUGUCCAGUGUGAUCAUCUGAGAUAGUGCCUCAACUUGUGGUCACGGAGAAAUACAUAGGGCAAUCCCGGGUUGAUAUUCCUCAUCCACGUUAGGCAAGUCCUUGCAGCGUCAGGAGAGCCAAGGGCAAAACGUUGAGCAAAAUGGAAGGAAUGGCACAAAAAGCAGCACAAAAACACACACGUUCCUCAAUUUUCAGCUGAGGGCCUCGGAGGUUGGGUGGAAGUUUCACUCCCAACGAAGGGCUAGUAGUCGUCAUCUUGAGAGGUUCGACGGUGCAAUCCAGCCAAUCGGUGGCAAUGGAACGAGGGUAACCUGCUUGGAGUUGCAGGGUCUCCUGGUCAAACUUCCAAUACUGUUGGCCCUUAAAAACAUAGAGUGUUCCUGCAGCAGGACAGAGAAGUGACAGCAACAAUAGAUUGAUGCAAAGUUGCAGAAGACGAAGAAAUGUCCCUGAAAUAAUACACAGUACAGAAUGGUUUGGAAGAGGGAGCAGAAGUGAUACAGGUAGCCCUCAACUUACAACCAUAAUCGAUCCCAACAUUUGUUGCUAGGUGAGACAGUUGUUAAGUGAAU